AUGAUUGACGUAAAAUAUGGACUUUACAACCAUGGUUUACCAGAUAGAUUUGAGGGUCAUUCAUUUGUAGGUGGACUUAAUGUUGAUGAUCAACAACAUAUUGUUGAUUUGACAAACCGUCAUGUUCCACCAAGACACAUAUUAUUGUCAUUGCAAGAACGAGAUUUGAAGAAUGUGAUUGGGGUCACCCAAAUAUAUAAACAUAAGAGUAAGAUGCAGAAAGACACCAGGGGUCCUAGAACGGAAAUGCAACAUUUGUUUAAGCUGAUAGAGGAUUUAGGUUAUGUUUAUUAUAGUAGGAAAAAAGAUGAGUCAAAAGUUGUGAGAAAUAUCUUUUGGGCCCACCCAGAAUCAGUGAAGUUGUUGAAUAUGUUUCCUAGUGUGUUGAUUAUGGACAGUACAUACAAGAAAAAUAAGUGCAUGCAACCUUUGUUUGAAGUAGUUGGUAAGACAUCAACCGAGUUAACAUUUUUUGUUGGAUUUGCCUAUAUGGAAUCUGAGAAAACAAAGAAUUUUUGUUGGGUAUUGGAUAAGUUGAAACAGUUGUUUACUAAGCAAAGGUUAUGGCCACGAGUGAUUUUAACUGAUAGAGAUCUUGCUUUGAUGAAAGCAAUUGAAACAGUAUUUCCAAGGAUAGUUAAUUUGCUUUGUCGAUUUCAAAUCAACAAAAAUGUGAAAGGAAAGUGCAAGAAGGUUGAGUUUGCGCAUUCGAAACUAAAGCAGAUGUUGAAGAACGGAUUAGGUGAUUUGUGCAAAUGUUGGAAGGUAAACAUGAAUGAGGUAUUUAUGUUUCCACCGAUCAGAUUGGAUUGGAAGAAGCAUCGCACACCAGAUGCAACUUCUUGGAUGAUAGGAUUUGUUGGAUGGUUACAACAUUGGCAACACCUUACACCUGUAGUGUUGCAAUAUGUUAGAUUAUAA